UAACCUGCCUCAUCCAUUCACACACUCAUGCAACCUUAAUUUCACUCCCACUAAAAUCCUCUGCAGACCCAUUCCAGCUUGUUAGCAAGUGGAUAGCCUCCAAAAUGAUUUUGUUUCCACACACACUCUCUCACACAUGUGAACUGUACAACCUUCCACACUUCCUGGUCUCCUACAAGGUUAGAGGCAAGCCUUCCUUUGCUGAAAUCGGUUUUUAUGUGAGUGUUUACACACUCGGCAAGUCACAGAGCUGCUCUAUUGUUUUCACAUCAUUUCCAGACUGGCGUUCCCACUUCCUACUCCACUGUGCUACGCUGGCCUGGGGCACAUUCCUCAAAUUGUGUGAAAUUUGUGCAGUGUGCAAGCGGGUGUGCAUGUGUGUGACGGUGUGGUCAUGCAAGAGAAUAUUUUGCAUACGCCAACCAUAUUUUUGUGUGCAUCUGUGUUCGUGCACAGCGCUUCAAACAUGAAUCGCAUCAAUAUAAUUAAGUUGCGAGAGACUUAAGAGAUUCAUUUAAAAAAUGAUUAUGCUGAUACCUUCUCUCACAGGAGGUGAUAUCAUCAUCACUUUUAGUGCAUUCAUUAGCUUUGACAUUGACUCUAACCCCAGGGUAGAUGUAAGGAUGUGAUAGGGAGGGAGCAGCAACUUAUACACAGCUCUUGACCUGCAGGAAAGUUUAGAGAGGGCCGUGUCCAGUCAGCCAAAGGCACGGGGAGUGAAACAGAGCAGUGCUUGUUCUGGACUGCAUGAGAAAACACAGAGAUGGUUUUGUGACGCUUAUAGUUAAGUAGGUAGCUACUGGCUAACGGUUGCCAGAUUUUGCAAACAUAGGGCCAUAGGCUGGAGGGAUGUAUGGGUUUUCAGCUGCUUUCACCUCAGUAGUAAGUGAGAAGCUUGCAGACGAGGAAGUCUCUGAGAGACCAGUGGUUGAUGGAAGGAGCUCCUUUGUCCCCAGCCUCUCCAGACGCCCAAAGCCCUCGCUCCCCUCUUUGGGGAUCCCAGGCCCAGGAGAUUGAAAAGCGCAUUGACAAGUUGCAGUCAGAGAAUCAGCAGUUGACAGAGGAGGAGGAGAAGCUGAAGGAACAGAUGGAGGGUGGCCAAAUAGAGGCAGUGAAAGUGGCAGAGGCCGGAGCAGAAAUGGCCCUAGAUGCUGUUGUGCAGAACGGAGAAAAAAACACACUAGGAUUGGGAACAGCUAAAGAUGAAGUGAAGACUAGCCAAAGCGCACUACUGGAAGAAACCACAGCUGUUCUAACCAAUGGCGGUGGAGACAUCGAAGUGGACACCGAUCACGACACUCAGCCCACCACCAAUGGAGCAGUUGUAGCCUCUGAAGAUGUUAUUAACAUGAAACUGGAGCCUGGGUUGUGCCUGGGUGUUUCCGAGGCAGAGCCUGGUCAGGUUCCAAAUGUCAAAAUUAAUAAGGAGGAUGAGGAGGAAGAGGAAGGGACUCUGGUGAUGAGAGCAGAACGAGUGAUCAUCACAGAUGAAGGGGAUGAUGUACCUGAGGAUCUUACACCCCAGGAAAAUGAGCAGGAGACAGUGCAGCCGGAGGAAACCCCUCUGCUGAUUCCAGAAGCAGGCCAAGAGGGAGUGGAGGUUCUGGAGGCUGUGGAGGGGGUAGUAAAAGCAGAAGCAGCUCCAGAAACCUUCACACAGCCAGAAGAAGAGAUUGAGGCUACUGAACCCACUGCAGAGGCGCAACCAGAAACUGGAGAUGAAGACAUGCAGGGUGGCGUAAAGAUAAACGGAGAUGGAGAGACAGAAGCUGAAGGACAGGAUAAAGAAUCUGAAGACCCAACCUCUUUGCAGGUGCAGUCCCCAGCCAGUGCUCUAGAGGGCACUACAGUGGCUUCAGUGCCAGUCUACUCUGAGGCACAACCCUCCAGUCUCACCCCUGAGCUAGAGGCUGAGGGUGAAACUGCAGCAGAGGGAGCUGAAGCAGCAUUAAAAGCCCAAGAGCCUGCCAUUCUGCCUGGCCAGUUCCAGGAGGUGCCCCUGGCCGAACCCCAGGAGAACCAGAGGACAGAGGCAAGGCUGGGGGAGCAGGAACCCCUUCUGUCGCAGGCCAAAGCCCCCGACACCCAAGCAGAACCAGCAGCAGCAGCAGCAGCAGCAGCCAGCACAGAGACACACAGCCCAACCAGGGCUAACCAGGGAAAGGAGACUGAGGCACCCAAACACAAAACCUGCCAGUGCUGCUCUGUCAUGUAAUUGCCCUCUCUGUACAUUCCUUUCUUCUCUCCCUCUUCAGUCUGUCUGUCUGCUUUUCAAUUCAUAACACACUCCUUCCCUCGUCUCUUUGUUUUAUGCACCCAUCGUUUUUCAAAUCAGUCCUCAAGCUACUUCCCUUUCCUCCCUGACUCUCUGCUCUCAUUCCUUGUUUUCAUCUUGAAACUUCCUCGUUCCACUCUUGAGUUUUAAUACUCAGAGAGGAAGUGAGCUCUCUCCAACAUGAAGACGGGGGGAGGUAUGGACUGAACUUGACAGUGUUUAAGUGCCUUGAAGAGCUCUCUAUGCAGAACUAAACUUUUAAAUUCUCUUCUCAUACAAUGUGGACCAAAACAGGAGGUGUGUGUGUGUGUUUUUUUUUUUUUUUUAACUGUUUGAGUUUGAUUUAAUUUUCCUGGUUAGCAGAUGAGCCAGCCAAUCUGCAUAAGCUAAUAAACCCACCAAUUAGAGUUAGUUAAGCAACAAAACAGACUGAAGAUGUAUUAUUGUAAAGUGUUGUAUCUACAUGUAUAAUUCAUUGGGUAAUUUUCUUAAUCUACAAAUAACAUCCAACGUCCAAAGAUCUAGAGAGGUUCAGAGAGGGCAUUCUUCUAAUUUAAAUACUUUAAAGGUGAUUUAUUUCAUUGAUUUUGGUCUUUUAUUAGAGAUUCUUUUAAUCCAUGUAUAGGACCUGAACAUUUUUAUUCACUGUAUAAUACAGGUUUUGACAGUACCGAGACUAAUAGUAUGAAACGGUCUAAUUUAUAAACAACAGCGUGUUCCGCUGAAUAUUUUGUGGGCCGUUGUCAGUUUAAAAGAGAAAUUAUUUUAAAAUACCUUAAAGUAUGAACUUUGUAUUUUUACCAGAUGUGCUUUUUGAAAGAGGGGUUCCAGAGCUCCUGACAUAGAUCUGUGCAUGGAUGCAUAAACUGAACACAGACAGAUGUUGAAUUGAGAGUGUCUGAGAUGUCAGCUUUGAAAUGAUUGAUGAAUGGUUAAAUGAUUAAACUGACAUUUGUGAUACAUUGAUUAAUGUACUUGGUGUCCAUCCAGAAUCUCUAUCCCUGAAAUUGUAGAUUUUCCUGAAGACGACAUCAUUGCGUCAUGCAAAAACAAACACACUGGAUAAUAUUUAACCAGUUGUUUCAUAAUGUUAUGUAUUUCUUAUUCCUAAACCAGCGACAACUGGUUUAGGACAGCUGUCUCUCACAUACUGUUCUAACACACUUGAUAAAAUAGGAGUUGGAAGCAACUGGUAUGAGAAGAGAACUAUCCAGAUCUAUCUACAAGACAUGCUGCAGAAAGAGCAGGAUUACAGGGACUGAACUCAUCAGACGAUGUACCUUGUGUUUCCUGCAACAAGUCUCAAAAUCCUCCCUUUAUGCAAGUCCAUGGAGCUUAUCAAAGCUGCCUGGAGUCCCAGCAGUGUCUCUACCUGCCCCUAUGGUAGCUUCAUGGCUAACUGCACAGUCAUCUUAAGGACCAAACCAAAGUCGGAGUACUGUUGCAUGCAGUAUGUAUACAGUAUACAAUCAGGACAUACUCAUUUCUCGUUUUUCUAGCUUACUAAACAGUAUGGUAGUAUGGGUAUUGGCAUGCAAAGAGAGUGUGUGAGAUUGGGGUGUCGGUGGCUUAGUGGUAGAGCAGGCGCCCCAUGUACAAGGCUGUUGCUGCAGCGGCCUGGGUUCGAAUCCAGUUCGUGGCCCUUUGCUGCAUGUCAUCCCCCCUCUCUCUCCCCCCUUCAUACCUACCUGUCCUGUGCAUUAAAGAUAAAAAUGCCCCAAAAAAUAUCUUUAAAAAAAAAAGAGAGAGAGAGAGUGAGUGAGUGAGUGUGUGAGAUAUAGGGGGAUUUAGUGGCAUCUAGUGGUGAGGAUUGAAGUGUGCAACCAGCUGAAACUUGGGUCUCUAAUGCUGGUCAUAGUGGAGUGGCUGCUAACUAUAGGGGCUGUCGGGAAAAACUUGAAUGGCCCUGACUAUAGCCAGUGCUUAGUUUGUCCGUUCUUGGCUACUGUAAUAAAUCUUUUUUUUGUAUAUCCCUCUAAAUCCUACACACUGGACCUUUAAAAAAUAAACAAGAAAUAUAUUACAUUUUCUUCUACUGAGCAGACUUUUGAAAUCACCAAUACUUUUCUUGAGUGAAGUAAAAGUACUUUUUUUCCCCAGUUCUUCAUAAUACAAUUUCUAACAAACUAUGAGAACACAAAAACCAGAUUUGCAGUCUGUAUUCACAGAUGACACAUUCGUACAAGCAAUUUGUGUCUUAAUUGUAAGCAUGAAUCCAAGGGGGCAGAUUGUGUGUACUGUUGCAAAGAUAAUACGAGUGUUUGGGCUGUUGAGUUGGCGAAGGCUGGAGAAUCAGAUCCCAGAAUCGCUGAAUCAUUCCACUACGAACUGAACAUUCCCAGAAACUGUCCUCCGCUGUUUAAACAGCAAAGGACAAUUAAUGGGGAUGCCAGUAAACAAACAUUGCAAAACAGUGUCAGGUGUUGAGUAAGUGGAACUUUCUGAUACGAGUUUCACUGUGAAACUUAGCGCAAUGUGAUUAAGGUGCAAACAGAAAGCUUUUUUUUUUUUAAAAAAAAAAAAAAUGCUGUGAUUUUCACCACUACCUAUCUUUUAAAGGCUAUAAAUGACUGGGUUUUAUUUCUAGUCUAGUGACGAUACGGGUAUCAUAUGAAACUAGAAGACCGAAGAAGGUUUUCAGGAAGCUAUUAAGAUAUCUGAGUGAAAACUAUUUCUGUGGGUACUCACAAGUUUCCCCUUUACAGACAUGUCCUCUUUAUGUUAGUCCCAUGCAGUUUUGGGCACAAACUGUGUACUUUUUUUUGCAUGCAAUGUUUACACCUAUUACAGAUUUAUGACUAGAAAAACUUGGCACACUGUGCUGAGCUACAUCUCAAAUGAAUCUUCUGGUUUCCAUCUUUUAGGUGAUAUAUACCACUUCUCUGUAGCAUAUACGGCUGACACUAAAGUAAAAGUGAAUAUCAUGAAGUAAAAUUUUCAUUGCAUUCAUUUGAUUCCCAAACAAAACACUCUGGUAAGAACUGCGUCACCUUUUUAAUAUGAACUACAAAAUGUUUUGAAAUGCAAAAUAAUGGAAUUUUAAACUCGCAAUUAAAAGUAUGAUUAAAAGUAUGAUUAAUCAUACUUUUAAUCAUACUUUUAAACACGCAAUUAAAAGUAUGAUUAAUCGCAAUUAACUUGAAAUUCUGCGAUUAAUUUUGAUUUGAAAAUGAAUUGAUUGAUAGCCCCAGUGAUUUCAACAAACAGAGUGUAUGUAGUGAAGUUGUAGUUCUCAAUGUAAGCCAAUAAGAUAAGUUUUAUUGCCUGCUAUGUACAUUAUCUGUCUUGGAGUAAUCUCAUUACAAUAUUACAUGUAAAACGAGUUAGAAAAAGGUAAAUAAUAAGGAAUCACAGUCUUCAGAUUAUUUUUAUUCGACUUAUCAAAGAGAGCAAAGGUCUGCUCUCAGGAUUGUGAAACUGGAUUUUUGGGUCAGCUAUAAAGGCCGACAAGAGACUAUACCGGCUCCACUUUCAGACAGAAGCUGCAUUGCCGGUGAGUCCAGAUCCACAGGCAUUUGAUUUCAACAUACAGAGACAUGUUUGCUGUGUGCGCCAUCGCUCUCCUCUGCUUGACGUCUGUGAGCCAUUCAGCUCCUCUGGACUGUAAAGACAUAGUUGAACCUUGGGGUCAUGUUGAUCUUCAACGCUUGGAGGGCAGAUGGGUUUUGGUUGCGGACAGUCUGAAAAUCAUUGAAGCUCCACACCGUUUUAGACCAAUUGACAGCCUAACUAUUGACUUCCACAACUCAACGUACACUCAAACCAAUCGUUACGGUGAUGUGUGCCACUAUGAUUCCCGUAACGUCUCAGUAGAGGGCCCUACCUUUUCUUUUAAGACUGAGUAUUUUGGCUUUAAUGGGACCAUCAUCAAAACAACCUGUCAAGACUGUGUGAUACUGAGCUUGGCUUUUGAGGGACCAAAUUAUAGGUCAGAGGAAUUGUGCCUGUUCAGCAGAAGGAGGGAGGUGGAUGACAAGGAGUUGGACGAGUUCAAAGCUCAGGCGGAGUGUCUGAAGAUGCCUAAACCUUUGGUGAUGGAUCCUUCCAAGGAACUUUGUGCACAACGUUCCACCGCAUAAACUGAGGGGAAAACAGAGGAUCCAAAGGCUUAGGAGAGUUUGACACGUGAGAUCUGUUCACAGUGCACAGUCAGAAAAGCCUUCCUGCUGUGAUCACGAGAUGCUCAGAUAUUACUCGGAAGUACAUUUCUUUAUCAUACAGUAUUAUGUUCAUGCUUGUUAAGCCAUGCUCAGUUCAUCCCCUCCAUGCUGAUCUAUGAGCUACAGUAACCAAGAAAAGAGCAUUUGCAUAUCUUCAAUCUGCUUCCUGUGUGUUUCCUCUCAUAUUGAUAUGUUUGAUAUAAUAAAACUACUUGUGAAAAUAAACUUGAUGCAACCAUCUCAGAUGUAAACAAAUGGAAAAAAGUGGAUGAAAAUAAAUUCAGUUACAAUCUUC